AUGCGCUUCUCAGCAAUCUUCGCCGCCUGCGCGGCCAGCACUGCCGUCAUGGCAAUGCCCCAGCCAGGCUGGCUUGAUCAUCCGGCUCCUCCAGCACCUCAAGGGCCUCCAGGGCCACCAGGCUCAUCAGGCUGUCCGACUCCUCCCGGACCAUCCAGCCCUCCUGGUCAACAGUGCCUCGAUGAUCGCUCCGCCGAAGCCUACGUCAACAACUUCAUUAAGACCCUCAAGAUCUCCGGCAACGACACCGCCGCCUUCGCAUCUGCCAUCUCCGCCGUCGCCAAUCCUUCCGUCCAGGAGAUUUCCGACAGCGUCAACUUCCUGGCCAACAAGCCCUACGGCAGCGUCUCUCUUGACGGCAUCUCCGCGUUGGAGAACUUCCACCUGUCGACACCACCAGGCGGGAUCUAUCAGGUCAGCACACUAAACAUCUGGCAUAGCUGCACUGCAAUCACGUGGCGGUGGUUAUUUGUGCUUUAUCCUGGUGCACAGCCUGUACGCGGCAUCAACGUGUUUGAGCUGGGCAAGAAUGGGAAGGCUGACCGGUUCUAUGAUGAGUUCAAUGUUGCCGCUUGGGCGGAGGAUUUGGGGUAUACAAUCACUCCUCCUGCUGGACCGCCGCCGAGCUAG